CCUGGUCUCUCCAGUCCUGUUAUUACCGUGCUUAACGGCGUAGAUCCUAUUUCCCUCCGGCUUUAAUUUUUUAUUAGUCGCGACAUAUAUUCGCGUACAUUCACCAUUUUUCUUCGUCGCGCUUUCUUCUUGGAUCUCCCGUCAUCGUCCGUGCAGUUGAACGUGAUUGAGUAUUAGUGAAUGUGUCAGGAAGUAUGUAAAUUCGAAAGCAUCUCCCAAUCCCUUGAAACGUGUCACUUGUGACAAUUAUCUCACGAGGAAAGGAAAGCUUAAACGAGUCUCACGCCCCGCUACGCCGUGAGUUUCGUACUUGAGAGCGAUACCUUCUACAUCAGGAUGAAGUAUUCCCCUUCGAUUUUGCUGUUAUCCAUAUUCCUCGGCCUAUAUGUCGUCUGUUGGUCAUCGCAGAGCAAUAUGCGAUGUCCUCCGGUACACUUGAAAAACGGGAAAGUACGUAUCAGGGCGAGAGGUCGGAUUAUGAGAUACGACUGUUUUGAAGGAUACCUCCUCGUGGGCAACAAAUACACUUCGUGUAUGCAUGGCAAUUGGGACACACCUGUUCCUGUGUGCGUGAGCACAAAAUGCACUCCGCCGCCAAGACCGCCUCACAUGUUUAUGGUCUCAAAAGCGCGCGGAGGGAUACUGAUGUUCUUUUGCGAACCCGGCUACAGCCUAAUCGGCUCAGCUGAGAUAUACUGCGAUGGACGCAAUUGGAACUCAUCGGUUCCUUCUUGCCAAGACUCGAAUAUACCCCCGCCGACAAAGUGCGACUUCGAGGAUCGGGAUCUCUGCAUGUGGCAGCCGGAUCCGCAUCACGACUUCGACUGGAAACGCCAUAAUUUUGCGACAUCGAGUGCGAUCAUCAGCACCGGUCCCACGCAUGACCAUACCCUAGGGCCUGGAAAUGACGGUCACUAUCUUUUUACCGAGGCAUCCGGGCAACUGGUGAACGAUACGGCAAGAAUCAUAUCUCCUCUAUACAAUUCUUCCCUCACCGAGUCGGGAUGUUUUUCAUUCUGGUAUCACAUGUACGGAGGAAUCACGAUCGGUAGGUUAAAUGUAUAUUUCAAAUACGAGACGAAUAAUACGUGGCUAUUGAUGUUCAACAAGGAGGGAGAUCAGGGGAAUCAAUGGUUGCAGGGUAUCUUCAAUCUGCCGAAAAGUAACGUUAGCUUUCAGAUUAUUAUAGAGGGUGUACGAGGUCUCACCUACAUAAGUGAUAUCGCGAUCGACGACGUGGCUAUAUUACAAGGAGACGAGUGCGUCGUUAAGAACAAUAUCACCGGUGUAACUGUGGGCGAUGAUGAUCAAGUCGAAGUGGUGAACGCGCAGCAAACCUGUAAAGGCAAAUGUGUUUAUUCGAUGACGGAGGCCGUCCACACCACUCCCAAGUAUGGACCGGAAAGUUGUUAUUGUACGUUUGAUUGCAUAGAACGUUCGAUGUGUUGCCCGGAUUACGAGGAAUACUGCACUGCAGUAUUCAAUUUAACCGAGCCGGUCAUGUCGACACUCUACGAAACCAAAGCGACGACUUCCGCGAGUCGGCAGGUGACAAGUCGGAGACCGUACAAUGCUAACGGCACGAGCACUACGAUUCACAAAUCGGGGUUUCCCAAAACUCCAUACUACAUCAAUACGAAGGAUUAUAUCGAUCCGAGAACUUUGAGCUCAUCGACGUCGCCAACUACGCGAAAAGUCAUGACCACGACAACACCGAAGCGUACGACUACGAGAUCGACGAAACGAACGACGACACCGUUCGCAAGACGAAAUCAAACGGGAUGGAAGCGAAUGACGUCUUCUGAAUACAUCGCCUGGACAACGGAACGCACGGAAGCUCAGGAUCGAUCUGAGUUGCACAGCGAAGAGCAGAAUCCGGAGAAGGUGAAGCACGACGGUAGAUUCGAUCCGCUGCUCGUCGGCAUAGUGAGCGCGACUGUAAUCGUGUUCUCCUUGACGCUCAUCAUCACGAUCGUCAUCAUCAGGAGGAGGAAGACUUACAAGAGAGGAAGCGGCUCGGCGCUCUCCGAGGACAGCGACGUGCGUUUCCUCACGUCGGACGAAAUACUCGACUUCAACUUAGCGCGACCUGUCGAGCACGAGGAACUGUAGUCCUGUAGUUGGACAAAUUUCUUCCACGAAUUGUGCCAAAUUUAUCGAUUAGCCGAACUAACGAGUUUACCGAGCCGACAAAGUCGAAGAGAUCUUACAAAGAGAUUACACGCAGGAAAUAUAAUAUCGCGGCCACGCGAUACGCGCGGUGCCCGAGAAAAAUGUGAUCGUUUUGCUUCUUUUUGCUCUUUUUUCAAAAACUUGUGUACGUUAAUUAUUUUACGCCAAUAGAUCGCAAGAAUAGUUGGUUUCACAUCUAUGGUUUACACAAGGAUAAUCGCUAUUACUGUCUUUCAAGCUUGUCGCUGCGUCAUCGCACAAGUGUCCUUCUUGCGCAUCUGACUCUUCGGAGACUUUGUAUAUCCGCAAUUUUUUAACACACUCGUUAUGAAAAGAUAGGCGAUUGAUUUCCUUGCAAAUACCGUUCAAUAUGAUAUACACGCGAUAUAUAACAAUAAUAAAUUAUUUUA